AUGUCAGAAUUCAUCUCGUUUCUACCCCCUCCGGGUCUCGCCCUAGCCAACUAUGAUUCGGCCGCACUGCACACGACGCAGCCGCAAGACGUGCCAGAGAUCUUCCGUGACGCCAUGAGUGUGCGUGAAGAUGUCUUUGUCAAAGAGCAAAACAUUGCGCUGGAGAAUGAGGUCGAUAUCGACGAUGCUCGUAGCUUCCACUGGGUUGCUUACGCCUCGGUCGGCACAUCCAGCAGCGACGGUAACGCUGCAAUGGAGGGCGUAACCAAGGACUCUGCAACCUCUGCCGAGAACAUUGGCCGCAGGGGCAGUACCGCCAUGAGACUGCCCGUCGGAACAAUCAGACUGGUCCCACCUCCCCAUCCCCCUCAUCCUCAGCCUGGCUCAAGCCAUAAAAUAGACAACCACGAGGGUUUGCCGCAGGACAUGCAAAGUGGACUGAGCAAGACCGAGAUGCAUGAUGGCAAGGAGGCAUACAUCAAGCUCGGUCGCUUGUCUGUUCUUCAACCCUUUAGAGGUAUGGUGAUUGGUUCACUGGUCAAAUCUAGCCACACUGACAUUACCGCUGCANNAGGACUCGGACUCGCUCGUCUCCUUAUCGAUGCCGCGCUUACAUGGGCAUCCAACAACGUGGACAAGAUUCUCCCGCCCAUGUCUCCUGCAGCGGCUGAGCAACGCAAGCUCGAGCUUGGAGGUGGAGUUGAGGUCGAAGACGUGUGGAGAGGUCUUGUGUUGGUACAUGCACAGGCACAUUUGGAAAAGUACUGGGCGUUAUUCGGCUUUGUCAGAGACGAGAGCAUGGGCACGUGGGAGGAAGAGAAUAUCAUGCACGUGGGCAUGUGGAAGCGUGUGGAGCUGUAG